UGUGUCAGUUUUCCCGACUAGGAUAAAAGAAUGGACAGCGUUGCUUGCUUCUGCCCCCCACCCCCUUCUCCGAUCAGGCGCCAAAGGUUUUCUGAGAGUUUUCUAGGGGUCUCUAAGUCAAGUUAGUGUUUGGGGCGCUCUCUUUUUUGUAGCCUGUUGCUUUAGUGGACGGCAGGGAUGAAUUUUCACUCAUAACGGCGCGAAGGAAGUUUCAUUAUUGAUUUCUAUGGAAUCCCUGCUGCCGCUAAAAAGGCGUUGGGGGAGACUUUGUCCACGUGCAAAAAGGCGAGGUUGAGAAAGGGAGUGCACACGGGCAUAGCUCUCGUUCAAACUUUUGCAAUUGUGUGUUCCAUAUUGCUUUCUCUGCCUCUGCAUUUAUUUAACUGGCUCUGGGAGGAAGGGAUUAGAAGUGACAAACCACCAUUCAGUUCUCUGUUCCCCACCCCUCGCGGGCAACAUUCCUGCCUCGUCUCCGGAGAUUGGACGCAAUGGCCUCCAAGCUUCUGCGAGCUGUUGUCUUGGGUCCUCCGGGCUCCGGCAAAGGAACCGUGUGCGAGAGGAUCGCCAAGAGCUUUGGACUCCAUCAUCUUUCCAGUGGGCAGUUUUUAAGGGAGAACAUCAGAGCAAACAGUGAUGUUGGCAUACUAGCAAAGCAAUAUCUUGAGAAAGGCCUUUUGGUGCCAGAUCAUGUAUUCACACGAGUAAUGAUAACAGAACUGGAAAAAAUGCAGACCCAGCCUUGGUUACUUGAUGGUUUCCCAAGGACACUGGGUCAAGCUGAAGCACUUGACACAAUAUGUGAACUGGAUCUAGUGAUAAGCUUGAACAUCCCAUUUGAGUCCCUAAAAGACCGCCUAAGUGCUCGCUGGAUUCACCCAGCGAGUGGGAGAGUCUAUAAUAUGGAAUUCAACCCACCUCAAGUACAUGGGGUUGAUGACGUUACUGGUGAGCCAUUAAUCCAACGGGAAGAUGAUAAACCUGAAGCUGUUGCUGCUAGGCUUAGAAAAUACAAAGAUGCUGCAAAGCCUGUAAUGGAAUUGUACAAAAACAGAGGGAUCCUACACUCAUUCUCUGGGACAGAGACCAACAAAAUAUGGCCUUAUGUGUAUUCUCUGGUGUCCAGCAAAAUUCCUCCACUCCAGGCCAAAGAAGCAAACUAAGCAUUUCCAAAACAAGCAAGAGUUAAUAUAACCAGAGUUGAUUUUCUAUUAAGUUUGUGGUGUCCUGUAUCUGUGCUCUGCCUUUAUAUAUAUAUAUAUAUAUAUAUAUAUAUAUAUAUAUAUAUAUAUAUAUAGAAAGCAGCUGUCUCCCUGGUUUUACUGGAGAAUAGCUGCAGAAAUAUAGUGAUAGCUAAGAACAUCUCUGAAAAUGCUAUACAGUAUAUGGAAUCCUAGUCUUCAGCGUAUUAAGUACUUGUCCAUGGACUUCCAAGGCAUCCUAAAUUGUUAUGCAGAGACAGAUAUGCCUUAGGAGGCUUACAGAACCUGUUGUCUGUUCCAUCUAGCCACAACUAGUUCUUCUGCAUAUUCAAUGUGCCAUUUCAUGAAUGUUUGGAAUUGUUUUCCUUGAUCUCACACUCCACAGCAAUUUAAAAACAAACACUUCUCUAAAUGUACCUGCAGAGCAACAAGCACUGUUGAGCAUAUAUGCAUUAUAUAGUUCAAAUAACAAAAAAUGGGUCUGAGUAUCAAUUAAUGGGGAAUGGAAAUUAUGGUUGUUUUUAAACAUGUUGGUUUGCGGAAAAUGCCAACAUUUAAGAAUAUAUAUUAUAAAAAUGCUGCUGUAAUGUUUAUGGAACUAGUUUUUAAUUCAGUGGUGUGGAUUUAGGCCAUCCUGUAGAUUAGGAUAUAGAGGUGGUCUAUUUUUUUAUCUAAGAAAAGUUGCACAACUUGGAUAGUAGUAUUUAUAGCAGGCAUCCCCAAACUUCGGCCCUCCAGAUGUUUUGGACUACAAUUCCCAUCUUCCCCAACCACUGGUCCUGUUAGCUAGGGAUCAUGGGAGUUGUAGGCCAAAACAUCUGGAGGGCCGCAGUUUGGGGAUGCCUGAUUUAUAGCUUUAAUAUUAUACAGAGUUACAGCCUCUUACUAUCUGCCAAUGAACUUCUGCUCUUUUUAUCACAUUUAAAAUUGUCCCAAAUUAUCUCCCAGACAAGUGAUCAUAUGAUUUAACAUAAUGACCUGUCCAGAUGAUCACUAUUAUAUUGAGCUGCUUCACAAGUCACUUGUUUGCAAGUCACAUUAAGUCAUAGUUUAACCACUGAAAUGGCAUGCACUUUUACUGCUUGUUUUGUCCAAACCAGAGACUUGUUGUUUCCUCCCAUAAACAAAUCACAAUCAAUAAACCAAGAGCAAAUCUUGGUUACGGCUUGUAAUUUGGACAGAAACAAUCCAUAAACCUAGGUUCAGAUGUAAUGGCAAGCCAGAUCAUUGCGUGUUUCCUGGGCAGUGGCAAAAGCAGGGGAAGGGUGAAAUUCCUGCAAUUUCGGCACCAUGCACUAGCAUGCUAUGUGUUCACAUUAAAUGUUUAAGCCAUUUAGUUUAACUGCGGUUUAUUGUGACAUGUGAACCAAGACAUUUAGCAACAAAUUUUCAUGACCACACAGUGUAGGAAAAAUGCUGUCACAAAUGUGGAAACUGUUGCCAGUAUAUAUAAAUGGUUUGAUUAUUAGACUUGUUCAUAUAAGGACAAUCAGUUGCAAAGGCUCACAUGUGCAAAAGGAAAAAAAGUUAUGCACUGGACCAAAGACAUAGGCUAUGUACACUUUUGCCGUGUUAAAACACAGUGAGGUUGUUCUCUCCCACUGCAUUUGAAGUUGCAUUUGCAUGUUGCUGUACACACUAGAAAGGGCACAGGAAUAUCCUACCCAAUGCACAUUUCCUGUUUAGUUUUUCCAUGCCUGCAACCCCCCUACCCAGUUCCUAUUUAUGAAGCAGUCAUUGUGCAUGCAUGGUCAUUAUGCAUGUGCAAGGGCUAUCUCAAAUGUACACAGCUCAGCUUAAUUGCAUAGUGGAUGUGACUUAAGUUUUCAAAUUGGAUGGAAGCUGAUUUGAAGGGAACACAUCAAACAGCUGUAUUUCUCAAGAAACUACAGGAUAGAUGUGAAUUGUGGCCUAUGUCUUGUAUGCAUGUCUUCAAACCCAGGUGGUGGGAGCAAACCAGAGCCAGAUUCUAUGGUAAUGUGUACAUAGCUUUACUUCAGUUGGUGUCUCUCUCUCUCUCUCUCUCUCUCUCUCUCUCUCUCUCUCUCUCUCUCUCUCUCUCUCUCUCUCUCUCUCUCUCUGUGUGUGUGUGUGUGUGUGUGUGUGUGUGUGUUUUAACCACCUGUCUUUAACUGAAGUCCUUUCUCUCCUGUAUGAGUUUGGCCUGUUUUAAACCAAUUUCCGCUUUCCUCUAAGUGGUCUGUCUUUGUCCACAUAAGUCUUAAGAUCUCAUCUAUUAGUUCCAAUUAGUUCCAAUGAACGCUUCUUUGCAUCAUUCACUAGAAUCCAAAUGAAAGCACUCAAGUCUGAAUGGAAGCAAAAUUGUCUACUAUGCAUGUAUUCCUUGAUAGCUGGCCAUUUGGAAUGUUGCUCUUGAAAUGUGUUGCUAAGUGUGCUAAGCUGACUUGAACAUUGAACAGAUUGCUACCAAAUAAUUUUAGACCAAAAUCUGAACAGAAACACUUGAUUUUUCCUGAGCAAUUGUUUCAAAACUUUCUUUCCUCAAAGAACCAGUUUCUGCAUGGCUGUUACUUCUAAAGAAUUCCAGGAUUCCCUGAACAUAACAUAGGAUUUUAGCUUAUGAUUUGGCUCUUGCAGUACAUGCAUGGCCCAGCCAUAAUUCAUGGUUCUUGGAGUUGAUCCAUGCAAAAUGGAGAAAGUACCCUAGAAUAUCUCCAACACACUCCCUCAGAGAGUGCAUUUAAUCAGAUCAGUAGUAAUGGGAAAGCUGGUUCUGCCAUUAUAGAUCUCCUCACUGUAGAACAUGUAGCAAGGAAUGUCAGAGUUCUCCAGACCAGUCUUAAAACUGCUGCUGCAGAUCAAACAAAUCAAAUCAAAUGUGCUUCAACUUUUCUCUUCACUUUCCUGCAUGUUGGAUUGGAUCCAGAGCAAAUAAGUUGCACUUAAGACCUAUUGAAUUCAGUCUGAUAUGUUAGUGAUGAGUAACUUGUAUCCUACUGAAAUCAAUAGGAUGCAAGUGCAACUUAACUUUGUUUCCACUUUUCUACAGUAUUUCCUUUCCUGUAGUACAGGCAUACCCAAUGUUUGCUGCACUCCAACUCCCAUCAUCCCUCACCAUCGACAAUGCUCUCUGGUGCUGAGAGUUGUAUCUAAACAUCUGGAGGGCACCAUGUUGGAUACCCCUGCCGUAGUAUAUGAAAUAAAGGUAAAGGUAAAGGGACCCCUAACCAUUAGGUCCAGUCAUGACCAACUCUGGGGUUGUGGCGCUCAUCUCGCGUUAUUGGUCGAGGGAGCCGGCAUACAGCUUCCGGUCAUGUGGCCAGCAUAACAAGGCCACUUCUGGCGAACCAAUAGUCAAAGGCUAUUGGUUAAAGGGUGUGUGCGCCUCCUAUUAAUGCGAGCAGCACAAAAAUGCAGGCUGCUGUCCAUGGAGAAAGAGUGUGAUACUUUUCUGUGAACAGAUUGUUUUCAUGCUACACAGCGUUGAAGUAAAGCAGACUUCCUUUUGUACCACAUGGCAAAUAAAUAGGAUCUGUUCCUUCAGGGGCAGAUCAGCAGUGGUCUCAACCAUGUCCCAUCUUUCCUGCUCCUGAGCUUAAUCUCCCGUCAGCAGCACUGGCUAUGGUUGAACUCCCCCCCCCUCCCGCGCUCUCCCCAUUCCUUGCUCAGCUGGUCAGAGAGUAUAGCUCAGGAGUGGGGGAAACACCGCUGGGGAGAGGUCAGUGGACCAGACUGGGAAGUCCUGCAGGUCUCGCCCAUCUCCACCCCAGAAUAAAAAACUAGUUUCUCUUUAAAUGGACAAAACAAAAAACUGGGAGUUUUCCAUAAUUUUUAAAUGUAUAGAGACGUAUGUGUGUGUGCAUACCCAUUUUUGUGUAUUUUUCCCCUAUAACCAGAGUUCAUAUAGCAGCUUUCCUAAACUGGAAGCAAAUACUGUAAUUUUGAUGCGUAAUAUUUGACAGGAACUAUAAAUUGAUCUGAGUGUCCUCAAGUUGCCUUAUUUUAUAUAAAAUGCAGGGGGAAUGUAUUUAGGGGAGAAAUUUUUCUGAAUUAUGCUUUAUAGUCCCCACCACCAAGAGACCUAUGCUAAUUUGAUGAUAAAAUUAUGCUGUAUAAGCUCCCCCCCCCCCCACUGGCUAGCGUAUUAUACAAAAAACUUUAUAGUAUUUGAGAAUGGGUUACUGCAUUAACUGCCAAACUCAAUGAAAUAAAAUUUUAACACCAGCAGUGCAAGACUACAACUUAAUGCCAUCUUAUGCCUAUAUCAGAGUUUGUUCUACCCAAUAGCUGUUUGCAUAACUGUUUGAACUCACUAAGCCCUGGCAGCAUAGGGAUAAUACUUCACAAUGUCUUAACCAUGGUGCAAACAAUGGUGAACCUUGGGGUCUCAAAUUUCAGUGGCACCCUGUGUGAUGCCAAAAUUUGGCACCCCCUUGCUUCUUCUUGCUCCACUCUAAUAGUUGCAGCGCUCAGUGCGACCAAACUAGUUACGCUCCCCUAAAUCCUCCUCUGGUGCAGUGGAAAUGGUGGUUAUUCUCAGUUCUCUUCUCUACACUUGGAUGUAAAGUGUGGAUAAGCACUCCUUCCUGAACAUCCACAUCCUAACAGACAAGGCUCUAUCCAUGAUAAGUAUUUCCUUCUGAGAAGGAGGAGCAUGCUAUCUGAAUGCAGCCUGAGCUUUUCAUGCUGCACUGUUGUAGAGCAAAGUGACAGGGAAUGGCAAGCAUUCCUUAUACUGUACAUAGAUGCAUCCCAGGAACUAGACUCUAGCAUUGCUGCUUUUUCCUUUUUUGCACUUUUAUCAAGACAAUCUGGACAGUCAAUGUAGAUGAAGCAACUACUAUAUUUGUGCUUUAGAAAGAUGAAAGGUCUUCUGAAGGUCACCUGUCUCCUGAGACAGCUCAUGUGGUGCAGAUAACACCAAGGUUGCAAGUUCGAUCCCCAUAAGGGACAGCUGCAUAUUCCUAUGUUGCAGACUAGACAAUCCUCGGGGUCCCUUCCAGCUCUACAAUUUUUGAUUCUAUGUACUGAGGACCCCAGCACUGCAACUCCAUAACAUCUAAUGCAGGGAGUUUCCAGAAAGAAUGAGAAGGGUUUAUGUAUCCCUGUAAUUGGCUACAAUGAUGAGCACAUUUUAAGCUAAUAACAAAGAACCCAAAGAGUUUAACAAAAAAAUCCGUUAUCUCUCACUGUGACUACUUCUGAGUGGGCCAGGUAUACAGGAGGCCAUCAAUUAUAUUGAGAAAGCUCAGAUGUCCAUGAAUUGCCAUAAUGUUAAUUUUUUAAAAGUGAUUUUCCAUGUGGUGCACAUAAUUAAAUGUGUGAUGAAUGUAUGUUUACACAAAAUUGGACACCAAUGAUAGAAUGCACUUUUGUAUUUUUGUUAGUUCUUCAUUUUUAUACAAAAAGCAAUAUCUAGAAUAACCAGGGAGAUGGGUCACCAAGUGCCCUCUCCUUCCCUGGCUUCCAUGGAGAAGAAUCUUUCAGAAAACCAUCUCCUGAAGGUGUCUUAAGCGAUGGGAGGGACAUUGGGAGAUACCUUCAUUCACUGAAACUCAAAGCACUCUAGUUUCAAGGGGGCAGGAAGGUAUGGCUGACUUCUUGGGCUUCUUUGUUCAGCCUGUGGCAGGUGGGAGAAGACUCAUGCCCCACUUAUAUUUGUGUGUGGGGGGGGUUGAUUCAUGUCUUGGCUGAGUUCUAUAAUUUUAUCAUGUUUUUCUUCACCAUGGGCUGUCUUCAAGGUUUCAGAAGCAGAAGUUAUGUUUGUGCAAUGGAUCCCCUUUUUUCACCUGCUCUUUUUGUAGACCCAAAAAAAGUCCUCGCCAAAGAGUUGUGCAGGGGGGUGGGGACUGACCAAAUAUUCUGGGCCUUAUCAUUUGGGGCUGCAGUGAAAGAAGGGAACCCAGAACUGGCCAGGGAACUUUGCACUCUGCUGUCUUCCUCUCAUACAACAUUGGAUUUUAAUACAAAAUGGUCGAGGUUACUUGCUCAGCACCCCAACUUUUCUUACCUGCUUGCAUAUCUAUGCAUUAAGAGCAACUGGCCUAUGUGAGCAGAAUAUAUUGAGUAUGAGACUUGGUCUGCUUCCAGACUGUAACUAUGUAUUUAACAAAUGCUGUAUGGCUUUGGAGUGAUGGGAAGGCACUGCAGAAAGAUAAGAAAGAAUCCACCCACUUCUCUUAUUCCGUGUGUUUAUUUCAAGGUUGUAAAGCCCUUUGGCAGAGCUCAGUUUGUGCUUUUUUACUUUUAAGUGAGGUUUAUUUUUUGAGUCCUUUAUACAUAAGCCAGGGGAGAGCUGGAAAUGUGAAACUGGGGGAACCAGAUAGAGGAGAUAGAGGAGCUUGGGUGUGCUCUUUUGACUCGGAUGUAACAGCUCUGAGAAAUUUGAUUUGUUCAAAGUGAUGGGUUCACUUUACAUAUUCAUUAAUUUCAUAUUCAAAGCAAGAGUGGUCUAAUUAUUAAAAUAUAUUGCUAGGUGAAUUUUAUAGAAUUUGUAGAAAUUAUUCCAGGGUCAAAAUACAUUAUCGUUGCUGCUCUGAGUACUUUCAAAAGCACUCCAUUUAGAAGCUACCCAGAUACUAUGUUCUCUAUUGCUUUGGUUUUUAGCUUUUCCUCAGAAUCACAGUCUUCUGUAACACACCACAAGUUUCACCUCAUGAUGUUGGCACUUUACUGUGAAUCUGAUGUAUUUUCUAAAGUUAUGGUUCUGUUUUGUACUAAUGACAGUAUGUUGGGAGGGAGUUCUGUACUUAGUUGUUCUAUGGAACAGUCUUUGUAUGUACUGUAAUUGAGGGAGGUGAGGGUUUUUUUGAGGGAGAGUCUCCCCCCCUCCAGAAAAUCCUACAGCUGUAUAACCAUUUGAUAUUUGUAAAUAAAGUUAUUUUGAACUUA